CUCCUCUCCCAUAGAGCAACUCUGCACAACCCAAGCAGACAACUUUGGGACUUUGAAUGAACGUAUUUACAUUUACCUUUCUCUUCAUGUCGACUUUUCUGGAAACAUUUACACGGAUGCCAUGGUUACUUCUACCACGAUCUUACAGGUGAACAAGGUGAUGUCCAUCUUGUUUUAUGUGAUAUUUCUUGCAUAUCUUCGUGGCAUUCAGUCAAACAAUAUGGAUCAAAGGAGUUUGCCAGAAGAUUCAAUGAAUUCUCUCAUUAUUAAACUAAUUCGGGCAGACAUUUUGAAGAACAAGCUUUCUAAGCAGACGAUAGAUGUCAAGGAAAACUAUCAAAAUAUAGUGCAGAAAGUAGAGGAUCACCAAGAGAUGGAUGGAGAUGAAAAUAUGAAAUCAGACUUCCAGCCAGUUAUUUCAAUGGAUACAGACCUCUUAAGGCAGCAGAGACGUUACAAUUCUCCUCGAGUUCUCCUGAGUGACAACACACCACUGCAACCACCACCACUGUACCUCACAGAGGAUUAUGUUGGAAAUUCAGUGGUAUUAAACAGAACAUCUCGAAGGAAAAGGUACGCAGAACACAAGAGCCACCGAGGGGAAUAUUCUGUUUGUGACAGUGAAAGCUUAUGGGUCACGGACAAAUCAUCUGCUAUUGACAUUAGAGGACACCAGGUAACUGUGCUGGGAGAAAUUAAAACAGGCAACUCUCCAGUUAAGCAAUAUUUUUAUGAAACAAGGUGUAAAGAAGCCAAACCUGUUAAAAAUGGAUGCCGAGGCAUUGACGACAAGCACUGGAACUCGCAAUGCAAGACAUCCCAAACUUAUGUUAGAGCACUGACUUCAGAAAACAAUAAACUUGUAGGCUGGAGAUGGAUAAGAAUAGACACCUCCUGCGUGUGUGCAUUGUCAAGAAAAAUAGGAAGAACAUAAAUCUGCAUCUCUUUGCUAUAUAAGUUAUUACUUUAAAUUAUAUGAUAUGCAUGUAGCAUAUAAAUGUUUAUAUUGUUUUAUAUAUUAUAAGUUGAUCUUAUUUAUUAAACUUCAGCAAAUCUACAGUAUAUAAGCUUUCUCUCUCAAUAAACAAGUCUCUGCUAUGGGCAACUCCAGAUUUCUUUAGACUAUGUUUGUGACACUGUCUGUUGGCAGAACACCAUAACCUGACUGUAAAAUCUGUGUAAAAUCAGUAUUCUUCAUUCAGUAUAGUCAAACCAGUGACAGUUAUUUACUAAACUUGUUAAAAAUCAGAUUGGUGUCAAGAGUUGUGUACAUAUUUGUAUCUCUCACUAUACACUCACAUUUAAUUGGAUUCAGUAUCAACACUAAAACAGAAAAGAACUAAAAUAUGAGUCGUAGCCUGUAGCCGAUGUUGUUGUCAGAGUCGUCAAGUAGCUGUAAAAUACAAUUUAUCUUUAUUGUGUCAGUUUUGUCAAUGAAAUGACCAUUUUCCCUGUUAGCAUUUCAGGAUGAUUGUUUAUAAUCCAGCAACCACUGUUGUUUUUAAAGCACAUUAGUUUUGCAACUAUUUCUAAUGCUGACAAUUAAUCUUAGAAACAAUAUUUUAAAAAUCUAAAGUGUUUGUAACUAAACUAAUGAGAC